AUGCUCUCACGUUUCGACUCACUGUACUCGAUUUCUGGAUCGAAGCCUCAGCAAGCGGAGAACACUGAUUAUUUCCCUGACUUCAAGGUGCAGGGUCAAGCACUUAGUCGAACUUUUACCGAAGAUCUGUCCGAAGCGCACGACGCCAUGUCUUCCUUGGGCGGCUUCGCACCGAAGCGCUUGAAUGCGGAGCCAUCGAUGCGCCGAAUCUUGAAGGAGCUAGACGUCGGACCUGCCUCCGACUCUGAAGACGACGGCGGCGACGAUGGUGACGAAUCGUCAGAGGAAGACCCGGCCGGUCCGCCGCAAGUCACCCAGUCUUUCUUUCAACCGGCUCCUGCCACCAACCCGCCUGCCCCCAACCCUCCCGCACCCACUCGUACAGGCAAUCUCGCUGAGUACAACAGAUAUGCACAGUUUCGCAUGUCGACGUGCGGUUCCUUUUCGAACCUUCUGGACAACAUCCCCGUCCCGUCGCCGCUCGAGACAGCCCCUCCCCCGGAUUUCUCUGCCAUGGCUCUCCCCAACCCAGAGUACCCGGUCUACCAAGACCUGGACACUUUCAUGGACGAAGAGGAGGACGGCGUUGAGAUCGAGCCGCUUCCGCUCUCCUCCCUCAUUCACGUACGCGAGGACACGCCCACACCCAGUCGCCGGCCGCAUACGCAUGCUCCUCUCCGCAGGGCGUCGACAAACCCCGCCGUUCACGUAAACGUCGCACAUGUGGCCCCGCGCACUCCUAUUCGGGGCGCGUCGGCGUCGCACGCCGCCGCGCGCUCACCCACGAGUGAAGCCCCCCGCCGCUCCGAGCGCUUGCAGGCCAAGGGCGGCAACUCGCCCCAAAAAACCGACCGGAAGGGCAGCGGUGGGUUCAGGCCUUACUAG